AUGGCUAAUCUUGCCAACAUGUUUGCUGUCCUUGACCUGGAUGGCGAGGACGAUCGAAAGGAAGUGGAACAACCGACAUCCAGCAAGCCAGAAGCUGCUGCCGCCGCCGCCCCCAGGAAACCCGAUAGUGGCAUGAUGAAUAACAAAAUGAUUGUAAAUUACGAUGGGGAUAAACUUGGUUCAUCGUCAAGUGAAUACAAGAUGCCAUUGGUGUGGAUUGACUUGGAAAUGACCGGUUUGGAUAUCAGAAAAGACCGCAUACUGGAGAUUGCUUGUAUUAUAACAGAUGGUAAACUUACCAAACGGAUAGAGAGUCGGGAGACGAGUUCGCUAACGAGGAGCCCGUUGAGUUUGCUUUCGAGGAUCCAGUCAACUCUGACAACUGUGCAGGGUCCUGAUUUGGUUAUAAGACAGAGCAAGGAAUGCUUAGACAACAUGAAUGAAUGGUGUAAAACCCAUCAUGGUGCCAGUGGACUGACAGAACAAGUAUUGCAGAGUGACAUUUCUGAGUGUGAUGCUGAGAAACAGGUGCUAGACUUUGUUAGGAGGUAUAUUGGUUCGGCGACUCCAUUGAUUGCUGGGAAUUCUAUCUAUACAGAUUUACUAUUUUUGAAGGAGUAUAUGCCACAGCUUGCAGGCAUAUUCCCUCAUGUGAUAGUUGAUGUGAGCAGCAUAACGGCUCUGUGCAUCCGCUGGUUCCCCAAGGAAAGAAAGCAAGCUCCAAGAAAGGAGAAAAACCACAGGGCACUGGACGACAUCAGAGAGAGCAUCAUGGAGCUGCAGUACUACAAGGAGAACAUCUUCAAAUCGCGGCAAUCUAAGCAUUAG